AUGGCCGCCCCGCUCAGCGGGGAACCCCCGGCUGAGGACGGCUUCAUCGCAGGCGGCAGGGACGGCACAAUCAGCAGCUUUUGUCGCCUGUGGGUAGGGACGCCGGGGCGGAAAGCAAAGGAUAUAACGCCUCGGCAACAUGAUAAACGACUCGCAGCUUCCACAGAGGCACUUUAUGAUGCAGAAAAAGGCAUGAAGGUUAACCGAGUGUAUAUCAACAGCAUUCGUUAUGCUGAUGACACACUGUUGAUAGCUGAUAAUUUAGACGACCUUCAACAACUCGUCAGCAUAAUUGGAGAUUACAACAGUACUAUAGGUCUAAACAUUAACAUCAUAAAGACUAAUUUUAUGAUUGCCACACGAGAGUCCGACCCAUUUAAAGAUGCAAAUCUACGAUUUCAAGGGUCUGCAAUACAAAGAGUCAACAAGUUUGAAUACCUCGGAACUUGGCUUUGCUGUAAGAAGUGGCGAGAGGUGGACGCGCUCGACGAGGACGAAAGGCAUACAAAAUUUUUCCCUGCAAAACGAACGACUGAAAUACGCGCCAAGUGCGGAAAACUGCCGAGUGAAAAAUCGCAGCAGGAAAAACUUCACCGAAUUUUGGGAAAUUCGCCGAAAUUUUGCAGGGAAAACUUGCAAACCGACCCGGAGAUCAGCGGGCCAGAGGAGGUCCUGCGCCGCGGCAGCGUCCGUCGCCAUGGCAACGGCGCGAUUCCGCCACACAUGCGCACAGCGAACAGGGUGUGGCCGCUACCCGGUCGCUCCCGCGGCACGGAGGGAGGGGGCGCGCGCAGGUACCGCGAGUCGGCGUUCGCGUACGCCAUCUCUGCGGCCGGGGUGGCGCACGCGGUGGCGCGUGCCUGCAGCCUGGGACGCCUGCUCGAGUGCGCAUGCGCCGCGCCGGGCGGCCGGCGCCGAGGCGGGAGGCGGCGCGGGGGCGGCGGCGGCGGAGGCGGCGGGGGCGGCGGCGGCGGCGGCCGGGGGCGGCUGGGCGGCGCGGCCACCAGCCAGUGGCAGUGGGGCGGCUGCUCGCACAACAUCGACUUCGGCGUCCGCUUUUCGCGGCUCUUCCUCGACGUGAGGGAGCGCGCGGGCGACCUGCAGUCGCGCAUCAACCUGCACAACAACCAGGCCGGCCGCCUCGCGCUGUCGAGCAACACGGUGCUGCGCUGCAAGUGCCACGGCAUGUCGGGCAGCUGCGAGCUGAAGACGUGCUGGCGCGCCGUGCCCGACUUCCGGCGAGUCGGCGACGCGCUCAUGGCGCGCUUCCGCACCGCAGUCCUCGUCGACCAGUCCAACCUGGGCAGCGGUUCUCCUCUCACGAUCGCCGAGGACAACACGAGACGGCCGUCGUCCGCUGAGCGGAGCGACGAGGCGAAACCGGGGGCGGCGGGUGGCCGCGGCGGCGGGGGUGGCAGGUCGCGGGGGCGGCGGAAGCGUCGGCGGAGGCGGCGCAAGUUCCCGGCGCUGGGCGAGCUGUCGCGCGACCUGCUCUACUACCAGCGGUCGCCCACCUUCUGCGAACGCGACCCCUCCGUCGACUUCCCGGGCACGGUGGGCCGGCGCUGCAACCGCACCUCGACGGGAACCGACAGCUGCGCCUCGCUGUGCUGCGGCCGCGGCUACGACGUCUUCCGGCAGCGGCGCGUCGACCGCUGCCACUGCCGCUUCCACUGGUGCUGCCGCGUAGCCUGCCAGAACUGCACCAUCGAGGAGUGGGUCACCGUCUGCAAGUGACGCCGCGCCGGAGUCCCACCCGUCUCUGCUGACCGCAGUCCCUGCAGCGCACGCUGCGAGGUCGUCGUGUGUGACGCGACGCCGCCUCUGACGGUACUCGCCCCACUGCGAACCGAGCGUGUCCGAGAGCCGCUCGACAAUCCACAAGAAGAACGCGUCUUGUCCCACUAAUUAGAGGGGUACUUCCCAAGCAAAGGCCCUUUCUUAAAUACAUACAAUGUAUUCGAGAUCUUCACUGAUUAUCUAACGUGCUCACCGUCACGUUUCUCCGUAGGCAAAUCCUCACAUCUGCUUUCCACAGGUUUCUAAUAAUUCAGAGACGCGCGAUGCAUUAACGUUCUAAUACCCUUUCGAAGCAGGUAACUUACUUCUCAGCCGCAUGGCUAGGAAUGUGUGGAUUAUUCCUUAAGUGUUACUAUUCAAUUUGAUAAGAAAAACGCAGAGUAAAGCAACAACGGCGAAUGAAUCACAGCUUUCCAAUGAAAACCAAAACCAAAACACGGUCGCUCAGUGGCUAGCGUAACAUAAAAUUUCGUACAGCAUGUCAUUACCCAAGCCACCACGUUUGUUGAAACAUUUCGACGUGUGUGCAUAGAUCUCGGUGUCGGAUAGGAACACGUUCAGCACCAUACUAAUGCGUCAAAAAUUAUGUAUUGUGAUCUUUUAGCUUUCUUCGCGAAAAUAACGACUAUCAUGUCUAUGUGAUUAUCAGCCGGCUUGAUGUUCUCAUUUUCCUUCCACGAUAUUUCGAAAACAUCCCUAUUUGAAUGCGUCAAGUGUUAGAUGCAGAAGUGGUUGAACGAAAACUGUUAACAGGGAUGCCCUCUAGCAAUUUAUUUUAUGAAUACCAGAAGAAAUUAGCCUCAUCGUGGCAGUAAAUGGCGUUCACAGAAUUAAAGUCAGGACUUCGUCGCUUUACCACCGUAAUACUUGACUGGUGAUGUACAUUAUCCAAACGGAGCUUUGUAGACGUCACACAAGAUUUCUCUGAUGUCUUCUGAGGACCUACAUUUUUCUACUUCAGAUGAGCGACAGACGGAAAGUGACGUGUCUAAUCUCUUACAAAAUAAUUUUUCCGUAUCUUAAAACGGCGUGCGACACCUAUAGUGCGAUACUAAUGACAAAUUCUAUACACGAAUGUUCGAAUAUUGACUUGUUGUGUUAGUCUCUCACCUGAAUGUCCUUGCUUAUAUGUAAACCCAUGAUACGUCCGUCCACUUGCGUAAAAAUAAUGGUAGUCAUCCGUAAUGGUCAACCACAUCGCUAAUUAGCUGUAACAGCUUACCAUCGUAUCCUGCAGAGGUGAAGAAAGCUUUCAUUUUAUUAACAUCAGUAUUAAUACUUUUUAGUUUUAAUUCAUCAGUGUGUACUGGCUCCUUUCUUAUCACUCCACCCUCUCCCACAAACAGGUCAUUAACAGCUACUUUCCACGAUCUUUUGCGUCCGCCUCUCGCUGCUUACUUCCAAAAAAGACUAACUUCAGAAAAAACACUUUAUAAUGUGCACUUGGAGCGAAAAUAAUUAUAUUGUAGUAAUUUUUGGACGGAGGUGAAUAUAAUACCAAAGAUGCAAGUUUCAUCACAGAAAGUGGUAACACUAAAAAAUACAUCACUUACGAAAACUAAGCACUACUUUAGCGAGAAAUCAAUAUACAUAGGUCAAACAGAAGAAACUGUCUGCCGUGAACAGUGCUUCCAAAUGACUCUAUUAUUCUAUGUUUACAACAAAAAAGUCUAUAAUCGCAAGUGAUAAUGAUGAGCUUACUGUAGAGGAAUUUUCCCCAGUUGUACUGUCUUGGUGUUUCAAUUCUUUGUGAAGUUGAUGAAUACAUCCUCCAACUAUGAACCUAAUAGGGAGCGCGAAGAAUACUUAGUACGACAGAUUUUGUCGUAGGACACGUGUGAAUUAGCUCUGUGCGUUAUUCUUCCCAACGAGGUCCUUCACUCCAAACCACUUGCGGGUGGGAACCAGAAACAUAUUGGGCGUAUAAUUCUGUAAUGUAAUCAUAGACGUGAAUUUUACCCCAUUAUUUCAUUUUAAAUCAACAACUGCCAAACAAAUAGACUUGUACAAACUUAUCCACGUCUGAAUACCUAUUCCGUACAGACACAAAGUGAACUAUGUAUAGGUAUCAUGGAGUCCUUGGUUAUUUUCCUGUUUUUAUAACUGAAAUACAUUUUAGAGGGGCAUAUUUCCCUGGUUUUCUGAAUUGUCCGUAGUCUCAUUACUACCAGUGCUCUGCUGUCACUUUCAGGACUUAGUUGUUUUACGACGUUAAUACGGUAAUGUCAUAGACAUCGCAGAAGAUUUCCUUCAUGUCCUCUGAGCACCGACAUCAUAGUAAUAAUUAAGAUUCAAAUGGAAAGAGACGUACUUUACGUCUUACAACACAAUUUUUCUAUAGUGCCAGUUGCAAUGAGAACACAACGCUUAGCGAGUUCAAUAUUAACCAGAAGGACAUGGGUGAAGACAUUUUCAGUAUAAAUAAAAAUACUAAAGUUUAUACCUACAUAGAAGGCGGGUGAAGAAAGAGCAUGUUACUUUCGUUACACUAGUGUAAUUUCGAUGUUAGGAAGAACUCCGCUAACAGCUGGUAAAAUUGUUGUUUAUUAUAACAUAAUCGGUUUCGCAGCUUUAAGCCGCUUCAUCAGGUGCAACGAUGUUAAAAGAUCAUAGACAUAACUAUCGCUCCCAAGCCUUCUUUGCCUUUCGCUCGCCAAGGUGUUUACGAUAUUCUUUAGACAGUAAAUUUUGACUAUGAGCGAUGGGUAUGCCUAUGAUCUUUUAACGUUGUUGGCCGUAAUGAUGAGGCUUUAAGCCGGAAACCAUUUGUUUUUUAAUAAACACCUACAACAAUUGUACCUGCUGUUAGCGGAGUUCUUCCCAACAUCAUAGAUGGGGUGUGAUGCCUUAGUUACUAGUUUGGACAGCUACGAUCUGUAAACUGUAAAACGGUAUUUCUUCAGAGCAAAGGAAAUCCAUGAUUCGCUGUGUUCCAUCAUAUUCGAUGUAUAUUCGCACAGUCGGUGGGUGAUUUUGGGUGGGGGGGGGGGCGGAAGAAAGGAUGUGAUGCCUUAGUUACUAGUCGAUGUGCAAGGUUUGUAUACUGUGAGGUUUUACAAGUUUCUUUCGUGCUGAGUAAAGAUGUCUUUCGGCAGAGUUUAUUCAUAGCUCACACAUUUCCGUCAUUCUUAUGUCGCCCAGAUUCAACUAGCACGAUUGGCGGACACGCAACAUCAGAGUACACUAUUGUUUUUCGAUAAUUAUUUUAAGUUUCAGAAUAAUCGUUAGAAAUACCUGACACUAUUCUGUCUGCAGAAUCAUUUACUUACGUAAACUCGCAAACGCCUGGUUUCGUGCUUCUCCACAAAAACUAAAUAAAAGUUGUGCUAUAUGUUGGUCGAUCAUCUACAGAUACCGUCCCAGUGUAUCUAAUGACCUGAAAGUCCCUUCUGGAAGAACUCUGAGUACGUGGCAAUAAAAACCAAGUUCCGUGGCUUCAUGGCAGAGGUUUGUACUCCAAUAAUUCUGACUGCAGCAUUAUCCAAAAAAAAUCUAUACACAAGGGCACAAUAUAUUCCCAGCCCUUAGAUCGUUAAGCCAAAACACUAUGAAGGAUGUCUCCAUAGAGCGUACUAAGAUUUGCACUUAUUAUGCCGGCAAUCUGUUGCUUUGGGAUUCGCGAUAAACAGAACAUGCGCAGGUCAAGAUUAGACACAUUCACCGUGAUUUGAGGGAAUUACAUUACAUACUGAAAUAACAUGACUCCAAGGGAGUUGCAGAUAUGUUUCUUUUGGCUACCUCGUUGUCAAGAAUGCCUCAUAAAAUCCAUUGUUAACGUAUAGCUCAAUAAAAUAUCUCGAGAGCAUUGUUAUUUCUGAAUAUUAGGGAUUCCCCAAGGCUAUCUGUAAAUCGUUCUAUGAAAAUGUGCGCUGUGGUUAAUAAAAAUAUUUAACAUACAAAAACACCACUUUAUGAGAUUUUGUAUGAUCCUUCAAUCAAAUGCUUUGCUCAGAAUGUUUUUUGUAUUCCCUAAGAUUCCCAACGGCGAUAAAAAUGUUCGGGAAAGGCAGACAGAGUAGUGGUCGUUUCUGUUGUACGAACUGAGUGGACAGUAAACUGCAUGUCUACAGAAGCAGAUAUCCUUCGGGUUAUAGCUGGGUUUUACAAUAAUUUUAGCGUUUACGGAGAUACUUUAAGGUGUCGACGCAAUAUAUAUUUCUGUAAACUGACAGCUAGCAGUCCGAUCACAUUCCUGGAAUCACGUUGUCUUCUUAUUAUCACGCAAUAACCUUUUUGUUUCAGCAAACUUUCAAUGGGAUACAUUUUGCCCCCGUUUUGUUGCAAGCGACGUUUCAUUUUGCACAGAUAAUUAAAGUUUCUAUCAUAAUAUCGCUUGUGUUAACAAUGGCUGACUUAAAAAUCUAGCAAGACCAUUCACUUCACAGAAUUUGCUUUAGAUCUCCGUAUCGUGACUUCCUCUAUCGAACAAAGUUGUCGUUGCGAAGACAUCCAGUGAGAGGUUUCAGACAGCAGGAGGCCCUUCUCUGUUUUGACACGGACGCAGAAUUAGACUUCUGAAAUACAUAAUUCAAUUGAGUAAAGGCUGUUUCUACAACCUUUUGUCGGGUUUCUCGGCCACAAAAAAGUAGCACCUUUCGGCUAAAGACUAAGGAAACCUUAUAGUUCUGCCGUGAAGCAAUAAGCACGGAGAUGACAUUUUGCCGUAUUUCAGAUGUUGCCCAUUACAACAUUUUUAAAGCACUUACUGUCGAAAAUCGUCUUUCCUUUAAGAUUUUAUUUCUGUAUUUACGAAAUAACAUGCUUUUCUACAAUCAUACAAUGGAUGUAUUUCUUAUAAGAACAUUGAUCUCUUUACCUCCAUUCUGAUUAUUUUUCUCAAAUAUUAUUCCAUAUCUAAAUUGAAGGUAUACUUAAGUUUCAGUACAUCUAACUUUUGUCAUACAUUAGAAUGUACUUCACUUCGAUAAUUAAGUGAAAAAUUUGAAAUUUUAAUAUUUUCUAAUGGACGUAUAAAAGUGUUUUCAAUAUAAGUUAUUAUUUGUCAAAAUGUAUAAAAAAUUAGUAGUUGUAAUUACAACUUCCUAGAAAUAUUAUUUAUGUUUAUUAUUUAAAUUAUUUUAGUCAGUAAUCAUCACGUUAAUGUGUA